UGUGUUUUAACCAAAAAUUAUCAAAACAACAAACAAGUUCAAAGAAAAUAACAAUUUUUCUUGCUAUUUCUUUACUUUUAAAUUAGAAAUGAGUACUACAUGCAAGUAUUGUAAUGAACCCGAGAACAAGCAGACCCGACCUGGGUUAAUUUGCGAGAUUUGUAUAUGUUUCGUGCACUUGGAUUGUUUACGACGGGAAGGGACACCGGGGGACUUUGCCUGCGAUGUAUUCUUCGAUUACACGUGUGAAGACUGCUCUCCGUCUAAAGAAGAGGUGUUUAAGCGUAAUAAGUUCCCAUGGGUGAAUGUGCUGUUGCUGACGCUGAACCACCUCAGCAUCCACAUGCAGGGCAUCAGCAACCAUGGCUUCUUCCACUACAAGACCCACAUCUGCUUCUUCAUUGACAGAUACUGGGCCCUGCUGUUUGGGGCCAACUGCAAACAGAAAAAGAACUGGAUUGGUACAAUAGCUGGCGCCUUAUCAGUCUAUAGCAAUUUGUUCUUCCGUUCCGGCUCCAUCGCCCUCGGGGAGACAGGCUGGUGGAAACUCCUGCAUUCCUUCUCACCGGCAGUUGCAGCUCAUAUAAACCAGGAGAUGUCUCGCGACAGACCGAAAGGCCGCUCGCGCAACCAGCUGUCGCUGGACAAGGCGCUGUUUGUUGCCAAAGUCACUAUGCUGGGUUACCAGGAAUACAUAAACAACGAGCCAGAGGUGUCAAUGAAGUCUCUGGAAGGCAUCGCCAAGAAGCGACGUCGCCUCGACACCGACGAGCAGGGGCCUUCCGACGCGUCUGAGCUUUUGGACCCUGACAAAAUGCAUGGCACCCGCACUCAACUCCGUGGCAAGGAAUGGGAGCACUUCGAGGAGCCGAUGGACAGUUCCUUGAUAUACGUGACGGCCAAAGACAACUACAAUGACGUGGAGAGCAUCUUCAAAGGUUUCAGUUUCACGCCGGCCGCGGCCAUGGUGCAGCCUAGUGAUACAUCCAGUACGCUAUCGAACUGCGAAUCAUUGGGCUCCCAUACGCCCGCCGAACCGCAGUCCGAGGACGAAAAACCCGUCGACACGAAGAAACCCGACCAGAAGCCGAAGAAACCCGACGAAAAACCCGCCUUCCCCACUGAAUCGCUGUUUUCCACUCUGCCCAAUUCCGUAGACAUGCCAUGGAUAGACAAGGAAGAAGAACAAAAGGAAAAAUCGGAUCUGGUAGAAAUAACGCCGUAUGAAGAGAUCCAACUUCUGAAGAAUGUGGAGAACCUGAUACCCAAAGUGAAGCAUCCAAACAAGAAGGCCUACCUCUGCCGUUUGAAAGCGAAACUCGCUCUGAGGAGGUUGAAGAGACACCAUCAUUUACCUGUAUUUGACUUGGAUAAGUCUGUAAAAAUACUGGGCGGCUAUGUUACAGAAGACCCUAGAGUUGUCAUGAACGCUGAGCGAGUUUUGGACAGGUUCCAGAGAUCGUAUCUAAUAGACAAUCUGUGCGGUACGAUAGCGAGCACUAACUACGGCACGCUGCUUCUGUCGCGCAUCGAACCCACGCCCUUCCGCUCCGCCCACUCCGGCACAUCACUCAAGCCCUACAUCCGCAGGGACGCCACUUCCGCGCCCACUUGGCUGAGGAUCAUGGAUGAACUGCUUAGAAAAACCAACAGGCACAUACCAGACUACAGGCCGCCGCCGCGCGCUACCAUAGACUUCUCGUACGUGCGGCCGCAACACAUCGCCGCCGUCAACAACUUGUGUGCGCAAUUCUUCUGGCCCGGCAUCGACUUGUCGGAAGCCCUAGAAUACCCGGAGUUUAGUUGUGUAGUAACCUACAAGCGGGUAGUGAUAGCGUGCGCGUUCCUCGUGCCGGACAGUGGUCACAACGAGGCGUACAUCUCCUUCAUACUGGUGCGGCCUGAAUGGCGCCGGGCCAAGAUUGCCUCCUUCAUGCUGUACCACUUGCUGCAGACCUGUUCAGACAAAGAUGUGACCCUGCAUUGCUCGCCUACGAACCCUGCAAUAUUCCUCUACCAAAAGUUUGGCUUCAAAGUGGAGGAGUUGAUACAGGACUUCUAUGAAAAAUACUACGAUAUAGACUACAAAGGUUGUCGGCACGCGCUGUUGCUGCGGUUAAUACGAUGAAUAAAUUGUUGUUGUGA